AUGUCAUUAUUGUGGGUGCCCUGUAGACUGAGAAAAAAGCAUCCUUUAAGUAAUGAAAACAGAUUGUCAGAAGCUACAGCGGGUGCAGUCGAAGCUGACGGUCAAGAGGCACCGGUCUCUCGUCUGCUCCAUUUAUUUUUAUUUGCAACUUCCUGCGUAAAGGAUUGCCGCGAUUCUAUUCGGUGGAAGUUUGUUUGUGGUGAACAGCAAAAUUCGUUCUUUACGAUGACCAAGAUUCCCACAGCAUUUCUCAAGCAGUUAUGGCUGACCUUCGGCGCCUCUCUGGCUUUCCUUAUCAUCGGUCUCGUCAGGGGAUAUUCCGCUUCCGCCAUUCCUUCUAUAGAAAGUUUGGAUUCUUCCUUAAUACAGAAUAGUGAACAAAAGUCAUGGAUCGGUGCAAUUCCUCCGCUAGGGGCAUUUAUGGGCAGCAUAUGUUCUGGCCCUCUUAUGCAACGUGCAGGAAGAAAGCGUACUCUACAGUUGACUGCACCGCUGUGGGCCGCCAGCUGGCUCAUACUCGGCUUCGCACCUAACUUCUCUCUCAUUUUGUUUGGCAGAAUAAUGUCAGGACUUUGUGUUGGCUUCGUUUUAGCACCGGCACAAGUUUAUGUGAGUGAGUGUUGUGAUCCAGAAAUCCGCGGUCGUUUGGGUUCUCUACCUACAUUAUCCAUGUCGAUGGGUAUUCUGAUCUCUUAUGUGGGCGGUAGCUGGCUGUAUUGGAGACACUUAGCGUUUUUGUCUGCUACAUUUUGUGCGGCUUUAUUUUUUGUUCUUCUCCCGUUGCCUGAGUCGCCAGUAUGGCUGAACGCUCGAGGACUCGACAAUACAUCUGCGGUGAAAUGGUUGCAACUCUCUCAACACGCAAUCGCUACUGUUAAAGAAGACCAUCAAGAACACAACGAAAAGGUGGAGGAGCCAAAGAGUCUUUUCACGCGUGAAGUAUUUUUGUCAUCAGCCGUUAUAAAACCUUUGAUUGUGGGCUUCGCGUUGCUGUUCUUUCAACAAUUCAGCGGUAUAGAUGCUGUCAUCUUUUUUACAGUGGAAAUAUUUCAAAGUGCAGAGUCCACUCUUGAUGCAAUGGCAGCGACGAUUAUAGUGGGAGCAGUGCAGCUGUUUAGUAACGGCGUGAGCACUAUGUUGGUUGACCGCGCGGGGCGACGACCCCUUCUCCUACUAUCAGCAGUCACGAUGUGCGGCUCCAUGCUAGGGAUGGGCGCAGCAUUCUACUUCAAAUUUGAAAACGAGUCUAUCCUAGGAUACCUUCCAAUUGUAAGUUUAGUCAUCUUCAUGUUGGGCUUCUCACUUGGUUUCGGGGGACUGCCUUUCCUAUUACUCGGCGAACUGUUCCCUGCGCACCACCGCUCGCAACUGUCUGCUAUGGCUAGUGCAGUGAACUUGCUGUCUAUGUUCACGGUCAUUAAGUCCUAUCAUGCUUUGGAGCAUGUGUUGACAUCAGCGGGGACUUUUUGGAUGUAUGCCUGUUUCUGCGCUAUAGCAUUCUUUUUCGUUUUGUUUAUGGUUCCCGAGACAAAGGGAAAAUCACUGGCCGAAAUAGAACAACAUUUCAGAGGAAAGAAAAAGAGAAAUGAAAUGGACUUAAAAUCAGUUCAAACAAAAUUU